GGAAACAUCGGAAGACUCAUCGGAGAAGAUCGGAAGCUUUCGUCGACGGUCGGAAUGAAAUGGCAGAAACUGUCCGUGUCACGGAAGCGCCGAGAUUAGGUUACGUAGAAGCUACACAUGUAUUUUGCGGCGGUCCUGGCCUGCUAGUGUGAAGCAAACCGGAGAAAGGAACGGGGAAUUAGGAGCUGCUUUUUCUCCUUUUUUUUAAGAAGAAAGAAAGAAAGACUCCAGUCCUAGUUGUUGGGUCUCCGGCAGGCUUCAGCGGGUCGACAGUGUCGGAAUUAACCGGAACGGGCUCUUGAGAGUCGAUCUCUCCUUGGAUGCCCAGCCACAGCGUUCGUCCAGGACGUCACCAUGAACCGGAACAAGCGUGAAAAGGAGUACUACAGUAUAGAUGUGGGCGAUUCAACUUUUAUGGUUUUAAAGCGCUACCAGAACCUCAGACCCAUCGGAUCCGGAGCACAGGGGAUUGUCUGUUCGGCGUACGACCACAACUUGGAGAGGAACGUCGCCAUCAAGAAGCUGAGCCGGCCCUUCCAGAAUCAGACUCAUGCCAAGCGAGCCUACAGAGAGCUGGUGCUCAUGAAAUGUGUCAACCACAAAAACAUCAUCGGCCUCUUAAAUGUAUUCACGCCGCAGAAGACACUGGAAGAAUUCCAAGAUGUGUAUCUAGUGAUGGAGCUGAUGGACGCCAACCUCUGCCAGGUGAUCCAGAUGGAGCUGGACCAUGAGAGGCUCUCCUACCUGCUCUACCAGAUGCUGUGUGGAAUCAAACACCUGCACGCUGCAGGCAUCAUACACAGGGACCUGAAGCCCAGUAACAUCGUGGUGAAGUCCGACUGCACACUAAAGAUCCUGGACUUCGGCCUGGCCAGGACGGCCGCCACCGGCCUCCUCAUGACGCCCUACGUGGUGACCCGCUACUACCGCGCCCCCGAGGUCAUCCUGGGCAUGGGCUACCAGGCCAACGUGGAUAUUUGGGCUGUGGGCUGCAUUAUGGCAGAAAUGGUUCGCCACAAAAUCCUUUUUCCAGGAAGGGAUUAUAUCGACCAGUGGAACAAGGUGAUCGAGCAGCUGGGGACGCCGUCGCAGGAGUUCCUGAUGAAGCUCAACCAGUCGGUGAGGACCUACGUGGAGAACCGGCCGCGGCACGCCGGCUACAGCUUCGAGAAGCUCUUCCCCGACGUCCUGUUCCCCGCAGACUCCGAACACAACAAGCUGAAAGCGAGCCAGGCCCGAGACCUGCUCUCCAAGAUGCUGGUAAUAGACGCAUCGAAGCGGAUCUCAGUGGACGAGGCUCUCCAGCACCCCUACAUCAACGUGUGGUAUGACCUGACUGAAGUGGAGGCGCCGCCCCCUGUGAUCACAGACAAGCAGCUGGAUGAGAGGGAGCACACAGUGGAGGAAUGGAAAGAGUUGAUAUAUAAAGAAGUGCUGGAUUGGGAGGAAAGAACAAAGAACGGCGUGAUCAGGGGACAGCCAGCUUCCAUAGGUGCAGCAGUGAGCAGCAGCCCCACGGCACACCAGCAGCGCCGCCCCUCCACGUCCACCCCCCCGACCCCGACCCACUCCGACGGCAGCCUGGAGCCCGCCGGCGGCGGCGGCGCCGCCAGCGCCGCUCUCGCUGCUACAGCCACCGGCCCCGUGGGCUGCUGCAGAUGACUAUCAUCCACACCUCCUCCUCCUCCUCCUCCUCCUCCUCCUCCUCCUCCUGCUGCUCUCGGCCCUGGACCGGGCCGCACCCCCCCUCACGGUCACAUCCAAGGCCGCCAGCCCCACAUUGGCCCCGCCCCCCACCCGCUGUACCGGCGUCCCCUCCGUGCUCGUCUUCAGUAGUGUAGCGUUUAGCCAGCUAGCUGUUUGAGAAACAUCUCUGAAAGGACAGAUCUUUCUCCCUCUUUCUUUUUUUAAUGACUUAUUUUUUUAAAAUUAGAAUUUGUUUUUUCAUUUAAGUCCUUUGCUGUAAUUUAUUGUGGCAUUUCUUAAUUUUUUUUUUCUUUUUUUUGGAAGCCUAAGACGAUAAGAGAAUUUUUAUGAUUUCACUGCGUUGCAGUUUGUACAAACUGACAGUGAAAACGGAGAGGAAAUCUGUUUAAAAAAAAAAAAGAAGAAAAGAAACGUUUUACUGUGAUCUAUUUUUCUGUUGAGUCGUUCGUUCCACUCGUAAGCUACUGCUUUUUACAACUCACCAUAUACAUGUCGACUGAGUUUGUACAAAAUUUAAAGGUAGGUGUUGUUUUACGGCGAGCCAUUGAAAACUAAUUUAAAUCAAAGAACCAACAGUCUUAGUAACCGUUUUCAUCCCAUUCUGGAUAUCUGGAUUUCACUGACACACGUUUCUGUGGGAUCUCCAUUUUCUUUGGUGUCAUAAAUGAAAGCUUUAUCAUUUUUUUUUUUUUUUUGACAUUUCCAGCGUGGCAUCCGAGGCUGAAGGAGCGUUGAGCAGGCCCAUCGAGACCGUCUUCUGUUUUCUGAAGUGCUUUAAACGUGUCGCUGGACCCGGGUCGGUUUGAGGACGGUUUUUUGGAAUGUUGCUCCGGGGGGGGGGCGGGAAUUUAUGUUUGUGACGGUGGGCGUUACGAGGCGUGGAGCUCGUGAGAAGUCGAAGGGAAGUUGUGACGUUGAGAAAGCGUGCGAACGUGUCGGUGUUUGUUUUGGGGGUGAGAAAAAAAAAAAAAGAAAGAGGAAAAUGUCCGCCUUCUACUUUAAGAUCCUGGUAUUAGUAAUGUACUGUAGGGGAAUUUGGAAAAAAAAAAUACAGGUAAAUGUAAAAACAAAAAAAGACGCAGCACAAAUGAAGAGUCUAAAGAAAGAAAAUGACUGUAUGCAAUAACGGUGCCCUUUUUCUCCACUGUAGAGGUUUUUGUUAUGAAAGGAAAAGUGCCUGUUGUUGUCUGUCGUCCAUUCCUUCAGAAGUGUACCGAUGAGGCUUUUCUUUUUUCUCUUCCCGGAUAGAAACGGUAGUGUCCGUGUGGAAACCAUGAUGUGUGACGGCGUUGUAGUUCUCACAAAUGUAUUGUAUAUUUUUCUACUUGUUUUGAUUCGGACCCGGCGAGGCGACGGCGUGUUUUUUGAGUUUGGGGUCGUUCCGGAAGAGAAGGCAGGUUUUAUCAAGGUCUUUCAUCAAAGUGAAAAAAAGUUAUUUACAGUGACAACAACCAAAAUACAGGGUUUUUUUUUUUUUUUUUUGGUUUUCUUUUUUAACAUUUGCAUCUAAUGUGAUUUGCAGGAGAGAAAACGCCUCCGAGCCGAUGUAGGGAGCCCGUCAGUAUUUUUUUUAUUACCCGGAUUGACGCAUUACUUAUCGGAAAGCUUCUCUCGUGCAGCUAAUCCGUCGCUGCCGAGUGUUUAUCCGCAGGAGGCAGAGCCGGUGAGUUUCACGCCCACGGUGUGAAUCACCGGCACGUGCCGUGGACGCUGACAGCGGAGGAAUAAAACCGUGCGAGGGUCGUCCAGACGCGUAACUCAACACCCCGACACGGUUUUCCCGCCGGAUGUUUUUCCUCAGAGCGUGGGGGUUUAUCUUUAGGCUCCGCCGAGCAAAACACACAUCUCACUCCUGGCGUAGCGGCAUCGAUUAGAUAUCGGCGCUGCGGUUGCGUUUCCAGGUCUGGAUUGGCACCAGCCGUUCAAUAAUCGCUCGACAAGGAUAAAGAUAAGUUAACACUGUCAUUUCGAUAGGGGAAAAAACCUGCAUUGUAAAGAGAAAUGUAAUUUUCACGCUACAUGUCUGAAUGUACUUUAAACCUUCUCACAUCUUCUCGGACUGCAUCACAUUACCUCACCUUAACUCUGAGCAUAAACGGGUCGUACAUUAGCAAAUAAACUUUAGUAAAACGGUGAUAGCACAAGCAGACGUUAGCUUUGGCAGAGAAAUGCCGAAUAUUUAAGUGUUAAUGAUUAUACAUCCACUUUGGUUAUCGACCAGGAGUCGUCGUAUGUCACCUAUUUAUCACCAUAAUCAUUUUAUUCCUUUCUCGGAUGACUGCUAGCUUUUCAUUUAGCGAAACAACUUAGCUACUUCAAGAAAUGGGCAUUAGCAUUGUUUGUUAGCCACACAGCUGGCUAAAUUUAAUGCAUCACUAAGCUAAUGUUGGUUUUGCCAGUGAGCUACACUGUUAAAUAACAUUUAAAAAGCAAAUAUCACAUCAUUUUUGCUGCUUUCACCUUUAAUUUUACUUUCUUUUCAGGUAACUACGGAAUUACCAAUAUGAAAUGUUUGCUUUUAGUUUUCUAUGUUAGCUAGGCAACUCUUAAAAUGUUAGCCGUGUACAUUUGCAUUAGAUCUAGUAAAUAUAACAUUUGGAGGAAAAAGUUAAACUUAAGGAAUAUAUGCUGAAUUGUUCAGUUUUGUUCUAGAAACAAAUAUUCGCCUUAGUUUUUAUACAGCUUCUUGUAUUCAUCUUCUGGUCAGACAACAUGCAGACACGGUCACUGUGUUUCAUUAUUAUUGAUUUAUAUUUUAAGACGCUCAAGUCAACUUCAGUGUAUCAUAAAAUCUGUAUCACGACCAGUUUGAUUCAGACGCAAAGGCUCAUUUUUGUAAACGUGAACAGCUGGUGCCACUCUCAGCAGAACAGAGCAGAAAUUGUUUUAUCGUUUUUUCUUUUGUUAUGAAGUCAUAUCCAUAAUCGCAGUUUUGGAGCUAAAUGGCAAAAAAAAAUUAAUGAAUUUAUGGUUUCAAACAGUGGAAAAGCAAAUUUCCCCACAUGUAAAUCCAGUGAAGUCCUGAGAAAUAACCGAUAUCACAUUUGUAUUGCUAGCUAUGUAAUGAGAAUGAAAUAUGUGCUAUACAAUAGAUAAAUUUUCAAUCAGAAAUACUGUUUUCUCUCUAAAGUGCUCUUAAUUUUUUUGCCCAACUUUAGGGGAAUUAAUUGGAGUAUUUAGGUAUUUUUUUUUUAUUCUUAUGUUUUAUUCUUCUUUAGGUGGUUGUCGCUUUAAUAUCGGCCAUUAAUUCUUUUGUAUCCUGAUUUUAGUCGGCUUUGAUGAACUACCUCACGCUGAAUUUCUGCCAGUCCUUGCAUUUUACGUAGUCGCCUGCAGAGUUAGCUCUCCGAGACGUGUGAAUAACAGAUUCCAUUAUUUAUUUAUUUGAAAGUGUACUAUUUGUCAGUUUCAACAGACUUCUAGUUUUGUACAUUAUGUAUACUUCACCUAGAAGUAAGAGAAUUGUUAUAUGUAUUUUUUUUUUUUUUUUUUUUUUUGGUUUUAUUUUGUUUUUAAACUAAAUGUGCAAUACCUUCAGCAAACUGUGCUAGUAGUAUGUGAUGGGCCUAGCCUUUGUUAGCUGUCUCCUGAAGGUAAAGAAAAUGUUUGGUACUGUCAAUCCAUACUUUAAUUUCCUUUUUUUUUUUUUUUUUUUUUUAAAGAAUGAGAUCAGUUGUUAUUUCUGUGACUUGUUAAUAGUCAUAACGUUAAGCCACCCACCGAACAAAUCCGUCGGCGGCGAUCGGAAAGUCCUGUGACCCGAAAGUUUCCGGCGGAUUUUUAGAUUCGGGAUGGAGUGGGAACAGUAAUGUUGAGGGGGGGGAAAAAAAAAAAAAAUGAGUGCAUACCUACGAGAAAUCAUUAUGUGUAUGGUGCUGGUUUAUAAUGUUUGCUAGUGAAUCCAGCCAUGCAAAGUAGUUUUAAGAAUUCCUGGAUCUGCGCGUCUCGAAAUAAAACCCGCAACCAACGAAGAAGUGCACUACGAGAAAACAUGCACUGGGAUCUGACGAUGCCACCUCUUAAGAAAAGUCAA